AUACUUCCAGUGGAAAACAUUCAUCCAAUGAACUUGGAUGAAGCACAGUGCAAUGGUCAACACAAGGCAAUGGACACAUUUCCUUGCAACUUGCUUACUGUGCGAAUAAUACGAAUGAGAAAUCUCCGCAAGGCUGAUGUCUUAAGCCAAUCUGACUGUUACGUGGUUCUCUGGUUACCAACUGCUACAUGUGAAAAGCAACGGACCAAAACAAUUAACAACUGCAAGGACCCUGUUUGGAAUGAAAAUUUCUAUUACAGGAUUCAAAAACAAGUCAAGAAUGUGCUGGAGCUGAAGGUCUGUGAUGAAGAUGUUGUCACCCCGGAUGACCACCUCUUCACUGUACGCUUUGACAUUUCUAGGCUUACAGAUGGUGAAAGUGUUUUCAUGACCUUUAAGUCUGAUCCCGAGGCACAUGAAGAACUGGAUGUUGAAUUUUUAGUGGAACCUGCCCCAGGUCCUCCUGAAACCAUCAUUACUAAUGGCAUUCUAGUGGUAAUUAUUUUAUGGACAUCUCCAGGCAUCAUUGGACACCUCAGGGACAUCUCCAGGCAUCACCUGGAGGCUGGCAGUCCCAAUUCACCCCAACCUUUUGGUGGAGGUAUUGCUAACAUGGCCACGUGGUUGAACAACAGAAGUGAUAGGGAAAAGGUAAAGAUGAAGCUGAUAGAGAUACAAGGAUCCAAAAAGACAGAAAGAAGGAGAGACCUGGAGAGAGACCUUUCACUUACAGUCAAAGGAUCCUGUGAAGGCACUCAUUGCUUUAAGCUGGGCUCCGAUGCCAUCUUCAUGCCCCCGUGUCCCACUACAUUCCAUUUUGUCAAGUACAAUGAACCAUCCUUGGAUGUUAUGCUACCAAAGAAGAAACCACGUUAUAAUCCUUGUACCUGUUCUUAUAAAAUCAAACCAGGUGUUCCAGCUGUGAUGUUGAAUUCACUGCCAAAGGGAGAGAGAGUGCCAAUAGUGGAGGAGAAAAAGUACAAUUUGCAUGUGAUAGUGAAUGACUGUCAUUGUUCCUGCCCGGGGGACCUAGACGUGCGCUUGGGAUAUGAUCUGUGUCCACAGGAACAAGAUUUCUUAUCUAAGCGAAAGAGGCAUGUGGCUCAAGCUCUGAAGCAAGUUCUACAUCUAGACUAUGAUUUGAAAGAGCAUGAGGUUCCAGUGGUGGCACUCAUGACAACAGGAGGUGGGACAAGAUCGCUCACAACAACAUUUGGCAGUAUGAGGGGUCUGCAAAAAUUAAAUCUCCUAGAUUGCGUUACAUACAUAUCUGGUUUGUCUGGCACAUGCUGGGCCAUGUCACACAUGUACAAACAUGCUUACUGGUCCCAGAGGAAUGUAGAUGAGCUCAUAAGUGAGGCUAAGAAACAUGUAACCAAAAGCAAGCUGGGCAUUUUUUCCAUUGAUCGUUUAAAAUAUUAUCACAAGCAACUGAAUCAACGGAAACAAGAAGGAUACAAAACAAGUUUUAUAGAUCUCUGGGGACUCAUCAUAGAAUAUGUGUUAAACGAUGGGAAAGAUACCCACAAGCUCUCAGAUCAGAGAGAAGCUUUAACAGAAGGUCAGAACCCACUGCCGAUCUAUGUAGCUCUUAAUAUCAAGGAAAAGUACAGCACUCAGGAUUUCAAAGAAUGGGUGGAAUUUACUCCCUAUGAGGUUGGGUUCCUGAAAUAUGGAACAUUUGUGUGUCCAGAGAAUUUUGGAAGUGAGUUCUUCAUGGGUCGCAUGAUCAAGAAGCUCCCAGAGUCUCGGAUAAGUUACCUUCAUGGAAUGUGGAGUAGCAUAUUUUCAGUGAACCUGUUAUAUCUCUGGAACACAAUUAGCGAUUCAGAGGAAUUCUGGCAUAGAUGGACUCGAGACAAAAUUAUAGAUCUUGAGGAAGAUCCUAAUCUACCUACAAGGCCAUAUGAGUUAAAGAGCCACAUGUAUGUCCCCGCUGGAAAUCUUUCCAGUGCAUUUCGAGGAGUCUUGACAGAUCGCCUUUCUGUUGCCCAAUAUUACAAUUUUCUUAAGGGUUUACAGCUCCAUAGUAAUUACUUAGAAAAUGAACAGUUUCAGAGAUGGAAAGCUACUGUGUUAGAUUGCUGUCCCAAUCAACUAACAGAACAUGAAGACCAUGUGGGACUGGUGGAUGCUGGAUUUUUCAUCAAUACGAGCUGUCCUCCGCUUUUAAGAAAAGAGAGAAAAGUAGAUAUCAUUCUGCAUUUGAGUUACAGUGGAGGCUCACAAACCCUGCCUCUGGAAGAAGCUUGCAAGUUUUACUCAGAGCAAGGUAUCCCCUUCCCAAACGUUGUCCUUACCGAAGAAGAUAAGAAAAACCCAAAGGAAUGUUACUACUUCAAUCAAACAGGUACCCCUGAGUGUCCAGAUCUGCUUUUCUUCCCAUUAGUGAAUGACACCUUCCAACAUUACAGAGCACCUGGUGAAAAACGGAAUAAUGAUGAAAUUGACGCAGGAAAAGUUGAUGUUUCCAGUAUCAACAGCCCAUAUGGUACUCACCUCCUCACGUACUCUGAUGACAAUUUUGACAAACUGGUGAAUCUGAGCGAAUACAACAUUUUGAAUAACCAGCACAUGAUUCUGCAGGCUUUACAUGCUGUUGUGACACGGAAAAGGCAACAUUACUAA